GGAGAGCGAGAGUGUGAGAGAGACCGCCGUGUGGGUCGCAGAUGACACGCAGAAGAAAGUGUGUGUGGGCGGAUGAGGAAGUUCAGAGCACGGAUUGAUGGUCACACACCUAUACUGUACUGGCACUUUCUCGCAGCAGCAGCAGCAGCACAUCGCCUGUGGGUCUCCAUCCACCGAUUUCUGUUAUCCGGAGGGGGGGAGAUCCGCGCAUGGGAAAAUGACAAUCAAGUUUGUGGUCAUCCUCUUCAUACUUCUCGCUCAAGGUGCUCGUGCUGAUCUACUGGAUUAUGGCGCCGACGACGAGGACCCCAACGACACCAGUGUCAAUCAAAUGCUGGCCCCCAGGUCGUACCAGGAGGACGCUACACGCAUACUGAACAAUCUGCUCAAGGAAUACGACAAGACGCUGAGGCCGGACAUCGGAGUGAAACCUACAGUCGUCGAUGUGGGCAUAUAUGUCAACAGCAUCGGGCCUGUGUCAUCCAUCGACAUGGAGUACCAGAUCGAUAUUAUCUUCGCCCAGACCUGGGUGGACACCCGUCUGCGGUUUAACAGCAGCAACAGCAGGCGGCUGACCCUCAACAGCAAUAUGGUUGGCUUGAUCUGGCUGCCUGACACCAUCUUUAGGAAUUCCAAGAAUGCCGAUUCCCACUGGAUCACGACGCCCAACCAGUUGCUCCGGAUCUGGAACAAUGGAAAAGUGCUCUACACGCUGAGGAUGACCAUCAACGCAGAAUGCCAGCUACAACUCCAUAAUUUCCCAAUGGACGAACACUCCUGUCCCCUCGUCUUCUCCAGCUACGGCUACCCGAGAGACGAGAUCGUGUACAAGUGGAGCCGGACCUCGGUGGAGACUUCGGACCAGAAAUACUGGCGGCUUUACCAGUUUGAUUUCAUGGGGCUCAGAAACACCACGGAUGUGCUCACAACAACCGCAGGUGAGUAUGUGGUAUUGAGCGUGUACUUUGACCUCAGCAGAAGAAUGGGCUACUUCACCAUCCAGACCUACAUCCCCUGUAUCCUGACUGUGGUCCUCUCCUGGGUCUCCUUCUGGAUCAAGAGCGACGCCACGCCUGCAAGGACGGCCUUAGGCAUCACCACGGUACUGACCAUGACCACCCUGAGCACGGUGGCCAGGAACUCACUACCGAGAGUGUCCUACGUGACGGCCAUGGACUUGUUUGUCACCGUCUGCUUCCUGUUCGUCUUCGCUGCCAUGAUCGAGUACGCCAUGCUCAACUACUACUCCUACAGCAUACGCAGACCUCCUGCCAAGAUGCAGAGAAUGGCCUACUCAUCUUUCAACAUGGGGCACGCCCCUCGCUCCAUGAUGCCCGUGGGCAACUCCCUGUUCUGGCAGGACUACGACGACAACUGCCUGUACGAGUGCCUGGACGGGAAAGACUGCAAGAGCUUCUUCUGCUGCUACGAGGAGUGUAAAGAAGGCGGCUGGAGGAAAGGCCGCAUCCACGUCAACAUCUGCGAGCUGGACGCCUACUCGCGGGUUUUCUUCCCCACCUCCUUCUUGCUCUUCAACAUAGUCUACUGGGUCAGCUACCUCUACCUCUAGUCUAGUCCGUGGGCCCUGCUGAGACAGCCACGGCCCCCCGCCACUUUGCUCGUGAUUUAACAUCAAAACUAAGCGUGGCGGAGGAAAUGAGGUGGAUCCGCUCUGUGGGAAUUGUGAAAAGACACACGUGCGCCACGUGAAGGCCAUGCUGCUUUGAGCAGUGGCACUCCGAGGACAACAAGCCGCCAGCAUUAACUCGAAUGGAUAGUUCCCGUUGAUGACUCUCUCAGAAACCAAACGACAGACAGAUGGGACUUCGGAGACGUUUAGGGACAGGGUUGCGUUGCUGAAUCUUGGUCAUCGAGAUGGCGAAGCACCCAUAGUGCCUUCUUUAGAAAGGGUGCGGCACCAAGAGACCCGGCUUCAGAGUUCACUCCAUUAACUUUAUUACCUCAUCCACCACAUGCUGAGCUGUCUAUCCUUUGAUGAAACUAACCCAGAAGACCACUGGAGAUAUUUAAAACGAACACCCAUCAUUCAUUUUGUAGCACCCUAGAAUUAGUUCUACUUUAUAAUAACUGCAGCAUUUUCUUUUCAUUAUUAUUAGAAGUGGUUGUACUUUAACAGCAGGUCAACUAGCUCACCCAUCAGUUGGUACUUGUUGAACAUGAGUUGGUGUCGGGGCAGUGGCUGUCUAGUAAAAUCUUGUUUAUGCUUCAUGACCAGACGAUGCAGUUUACAGUAAAUGCCAAGAAGAUUUAGAUGUUUUAUAAUAAAAGUUGGGUUACAUGCAAAAUGUUUAAGAACUGCGUAAAGACAAACCAAUCUAAUACCAAACAUGCUAAUCUCAUCCGUAUGGUACAGUCAAUGAAUAAACACGUUAGGGUAGAGCAGAGCUGCUUUCUUCCUGACAACAGCUACAUAAACAUAUAUACCUUUUCACAUUUUACACCCUUUUAUCCUUAUUCAUACAGAAUGCUGUUGUGUUUAUUUUGCAUUAGUCAUUCCCUCUAGUUUCAAAAGUAGAGCUUGAGUGCAUAAAAUUGUCUUGAUGAAAGCUUCAGUUUCUCUCAUGUCCUGCCACACGCAGGACCUAAAGGUACCCUGUGCUGUGCCCUGCUGGCAAUGAUCACAGGUGCUGUAAAAUAGGUUCUAUAUAUUGUGAUACUCCAUACACUACACUUUACACAGCGCUGUUGGGAAAUGGAUGAUCCGGGAUGACUCUUGCUCCUUGUCCGCGACAACAAACACAGCGUUUGAGACGUUACGGUUAUGUUUACUGUUCUAUGGUGUUUUUUGCAGUCGUUUGGCUUCGUAGAACAAUCGACCCCUUAUCCUCCU